AUGAAAUUCCUCGUACUAGCUGCUGCUUGCCUUGCCGUGGCCGUUGCUGGCCCCACUCGUGGUAGUUUAAUACCCGACAGCGCUGGUCCCAUCUUAAUCCCAGAAGAAGAUAUUUCUACUGGUCCUGCUCUGAUCCCAGAAAACAUCGCUACUGACCCAGCUCUGGUCCCCGAAAACAUCGCUACUGACCCAGCUCUGAUCCCCGAAAACAUCUCCAUUGGACCUGCCUUAAUCGACGACGCACAAAAGCAAUCCAGCCUCGUUCAAGUUAUCAUCAACAUCAACUCUAAAAGCCACGUUAUCGAGAUCCCCGUGGAAGACGCCACCAUCCCCGAAGUCGAAGACAUUAAUGUUGGACCCGCUAUUAUUGAGGAAAUCAAGCCUGACCCCGUUGACAUUGUUGACGAGAGCAUCAAUGUUGGAGUACCUGACCUCCCCCUUGCCCCAUCCCCCGCUGAUAUUGGCACCCCAGAGCUCCCAGGACUCGAUGCUGACAUCGCACAAAACAUCCCCGAGGAACUCAAGUAA